AUGACCUCCUUACUUGAUCUACCAGCCGAGAUUCGCCUGAUAAUAUACACACAUUUACUAAAACCAAAUGAAUACGUGAAAAGCUAUCGAAAGCUGGCGGACUCUUGGUCCUCGCCGGGCGGUGGUCCUCUUUGCACCAUUCCUCGACCUUAUGUGAAGCGAUAUACACCAUCUAUUCUUCUUCUCAACAAAAAGAUUACCAUAGAGGCUCUUCACUAUCUAUAUCGAAUCCCCCUCAACCUCUACGGCACACCUAACACCUAUUUCGUCAUGCGUCAGAUGGAUAUCACAGAAUUCAUCAGCGAGCAUUAUCUGCAGAGGAUCCACCAUGGUGUUUUGCGAUUGAAUUACCCCAACAAGCAUUUUGUCCUCUCGCUUUUAGACAUAUGGGGUGCCGAGAACCGGCUAGAACGACUCGAUGUGUAUCGUCCCAAGACUGAGCUUGACAGUCAACACUGGAAAGUUGUAGAAAGCAGACUCUGGACCUUCUCAAGUAUGGUUCCCGUUGUAUUCCACGAGGUCGAUGCUAAGGUCAAGGCCUCCGGUGCUAUUUAG